AUGGAACGUCUAGGGUUUAGCAACACAUGGAUAGAGUGGAUCAUGGAGUGCGUUUCAACAGUCACUUACUCUUACCUAAUAAAUGGAGAUGCAAAAGGUCAAGUUAUCCCGUCAAGAGGACUACGCCAGGGUGAUCCGCUCUCCCCUUAUCUCUUUAUCUUAUGUACAGAGGUUUUAUCGGGGUUAUGCAAACAAGCCCAACUAGAUGGUUCAUUACCGGGAGUGAAGGUGGCAAGACAAAGCCCUUUGGUAAACCAUUUGCUUUUCGCCGAUGAUACAAUGUUUUUCAUGAGGUCGGAUCAAAAGAGCUGCAAUAGCUUAACAAAAAUUCUUCAAAAGUACGAGAGAGCAAGUGGUCAACGUAUCAAUGUAGAUAAAUCUUCUAUCACAUUCUCGGCUAAAACCUCAAGAGAGAUGAAGACAAAGGUUAAAAGAGAUCUUGGUAUCCAAAAAGAGGGUGGAAAUGGCAAGUACCUAGGACUACCAGAGAACUUUGGAAGAAGAAAAAGUGAUGUUUUUGAAUCUAUUGUAGACAAAAUAAGACAGAGAUCCCACAGUUGGUCUUCACGGACCCUAUCGGAAGCGGGUAAACAAGUCUUACUGAAAUCUGUUCUUUCUUCAAUGCCAUCAUAUGCAAUGACUUGCUUCAAGUUACCAGGUUCUCUUUGUAAGAGAAUCCAAUCAGUUCUAACUAGAUUUUGGUGGGAUGAUAAACCUGACAAGCAAAAAAUGAGUUGGGUAGCAUGGACAAAACUUACAAGACCAAAAAAUGCAGGUGGGCUCGGGUUUAGAGACAUGGAACGUUUCAAUGACGCCUUACUAGCCAAAAUAGCCUGGAGACUACUCAAGGAACCUAAUACACUGCUGGCUCGUGUCCUCUUAGGCAAAUACUGCCACUCUUACUCUUUUAUGGAGUGUUCUAUUCCGUCAAAUCCCUCUCAUGGCUGGAGAAGUAUCAUGGCUGGUCGUAAUGUGAUAAAACAAGGUGCAGGAUGGCUAAUAGGUAAUGGAGAAAGCGUUAAGAUCUGGCGAGACCCGUGGCUCUCUACUACCACUCCUCUCUGCCCCUAUGGCCCCAUAAGAGAGCACCAAGAGGGAGAAACGGUUUCCAGCCUUCUCGACCCAUCUACCAAUCAAUGGAACUGGAGUAAAAUCAGAGAAGAACUACCACAGUAUGUGGAUUGCAUCAAACAAAUCCCCCUGGCCCCGUCAAGGAGAGAGGACCAACUAGUUUGGCUACCUGUCAAAUCUGGGCAGUAUACCACAAGAUCUGGUUAUGGUAUAACUUCCACUUUUGAUAUCCCAGAUGCUGCUUUAAACUUCAACUGGCAAUCUCAUCUGUGGAAGCUUCACACCUCUCCAAAAGUUAAAAACUUUCUGUGGAAAGCUAUGUCUGAUGCGUUACCGGUGGGGGAACAACUAGCUCGACGAGGACUAAAUGCAGAGGUCACAUGUCGCAGUUGUGGAGAAACAGAAUCAGUCUCUCACCUUCUUCUACAUUGCAGGCGUGCAAAAGAGGUGUGGCUUAAGGCUCCCAUUCUCCAUCUGGAAAUAAGCUCCACAACAACUAUAGAAGACUUUCUCUCCUUAGCGAAGCAUAAGUGCAAUCUACCUCCGUCGGGGGUAUCAAAGGGGGAGUUGUAUCCAUGGAUUCGUUGGCAGCUAUCGCUUGCCCGCAACAGCUUAGUUUUUGAGGACAAAGAGAUCCCUGUUUCAGACAUUCUGAUAAGAGCGAUAAAAUCUGCGAGAGAAUGGCAAGAAGCCCAAAAUAUGUUGACGACCCCUCGGCUAACCACGGAUCAACCGGAACAACCAGUACAAACGUCUAGUUGCAAAGUGUUUGUGGAUGCUGCAUGGAAUUCCACGACCGGUAACGGAGGUUUUGGAUGGGCUGUAGUGAACGCAGAUUCUGCAUAUGAAGAACGCUUCUCCGAUCACAAAGAAAGCAUAGGCUCAGCUUUAAUAGCGGAAGCAUGGGCAGUUUUUUUGGCUUUGAAACAUUCUCUCCUCUUGAAUAAAACAGAGCUGCAACUCUUCUCGGACUGUCAAAGCCUUAUCAAUGAAGAUGGCUUCCACAUUGAGCUUUUUGGACUCUUACAAGAUAUCCGAGAACUUCGAAGUAGUUUUGAUGCUAUAUCUUUCACCUUUAUUCCUCGUCUUGCCAAUCAUGUGGCAGAUUCGUUAGCAAAAGAGGCUUUAGCCUCCUGUGACUUAUUGGGUUUAAACUCUAUUUCUAUUUAA